CUCUCGGCUAUUUUCCCUCCGCUAAUUUCUCUCCACUAAUUUUCUCUUAUGUUUUCCCAUCACCAAUUUCCAUUUCUAGGGUUUCUCUUCUUCAAAUUCUAUCACAUUCUUGAGACGCUUUGGUUUCAAUCAAUCAUCCUUUCUUGCUUAAUCAUCCAGCGCCGUUUCACGAUCAGAAAAAGAAAAUGAUGAAGAAAAACAAAGAAGAGGAGAGAAUUGGGAAGAUAAUUCGCGGUCUUCUUAAAAUUCCUGAGAAUAGUCGUUGCGUUAAUUGCAAUAACUUGGGACCACAAUAUGUCUGCAAAACUUUCUUCACCUUUGUUUGCAAAAAUUGUAGUGGAAUUCACCGGGAAUUUACGCAUAGAGUUAAAUCAAUUUCGACGGCGAAAUUUAACGCGGAAGAAGUUAGUGCUCUUCAAGCAGGAGGGAAUGAGAGAGCGAGACAAAUUUUUUUGAAGGAAUGGAAUCCGCAGCGCAAUCAGCUUCCUGAUAGCAGUAAUCAACAAAAGGUUCGAGAUUUUAUCAAGCAUGUUUAUGUGGAUAGAAGAUACACUGGUGAGAAAAGUCAUGAGAAACUCCCACGGCUGAGAUUGAAUGACAAGGACGACUCUGGUGAGAACAGGUGGGCUGUUUUAUAUUCUGGUGGAUCUAGAAGUCCAAACUAUGAAGAUAGACAUGGGCGGAGUGAAAGAUCUGGUUUUAGUGGAAGAGCUGACGACAAGACAAUUAAAUAUUAUUAUGAUGAAAGAAGAAGUCCUCGUUAUUCCCAAGAAAAUUCAAGAUAUGGAGGUUUUAUGAGACGUCCUGUUCGCAUUGAGGUUGUUGAUGACAGGUUUCGAGAUGAUGGAAUACGAAGUAGCAGGAAGUCUGGUGCCCACCCGUUUGCUCACAGAGAGUCCAGGUUUGGGAACAAUUUAUCUGGCAUUCAAAAGGACAUGCAUCAGUCAGGGUCCCAUGCCCCUGUGGUACGCCCUCUCAAACAUAUUCUAGGGGGAAAUAUUCCACCUCUACAGGUUGGUGAGCAUUCAAAAGCACCAAACAGGAAGGAUGCAGAUGGUUCUGCGCACAAUCAGAUGCCCCCUUCUUCUGGCCCCAUGGAAUCUGCUGAUGGAAAUCCUGUGCAACAGAAAAGUCACAAUUCAGAAAGCUCGGUUGAUUUAAAUUCCAAUUCCAAGUCCUCCGAUGCUACCGCAGCACUUCCUGCUCCGGAGAAUCUUCUGUCCAGUGAAGGUGGCAACUGCUCCUCACAUGACUCCUCUGGAAAGAAUAACGCACUUCCAGCCCCAAAACAAAAUACUUUGGAAUUUUUACUGAUGGAGUUAGCUCCCUCAGUCAUUCCUUCUGACAAUGCUUCUGAAAUACCAACUAAUGAUAAUCCGUCAUCAGCUGCAUCUGGAGAAAAUAUAAUCAUGAGUAGUGGUGCUUCAGCAGCUGGGCCUUCGGGGCAGAUGUUAACAUUAAAAAGCAGUGCUGUUGCUUCUGCAAUUGCAUCUGGAGGGAACAUGCCUGCUGGAAGUGUUUCACAAACUGUACCUGUGGAGCAGAUGUCAGCACUUCCCUGUAGCGCUGGUGCUUCUACAACUGUGUCUGGAGGCACCAUGCCUGUGGGAAGCAUUUCACCAGCUGCACCUGUGGUGCAGACAUCAACUGCAUUUGGGAUCAGCCCAGCUGUGCAUGUUGAGGAGAUAUUAACACUAGUUGAUGCUUUUGAUGCAUCCACAAUACCUUCAAAUAAUUCUUUGCCAGCACAACCUUCUAAUGGAGUUCCUCCACAAGCUGCACUUGAUAACAUUCGUGACUCAACUUUCGAGCUUCUUGACGGGCAACAGAUAUCCACCAUGCGGCAACAACAGCCUGUUGAUAGUAGCUCUGGUGGACAACAGGCUACUAAUACACCUGCUCGAGCGGUAAAUGAUCAGCUGCGGACUUCAUCAAAUGUUCAUAUUUCUCAGGGAUCUCCAGAUUUCCUUGGUGAAUACCUUUCUCCAGAUGUCUCAAAACCAGCCCAAGAAUCCAAUUCCGAAGCUCAAUCCCAGCCUCUUCCAUCAGAAACAAAGUCUAGUGGAAGAAAGGAACUUCCAGCGGACCUUUUUACUGGAACUUAUUCACCAGCUUCAGACCCAAUACCAGGUUGUCAAAUUUGUCCACCUUAUGGCAUGGGACUGAACAUGCAGUAUUAUCCUAAUGCAAUGCCUGUGCCAGCAUUUCCCAACAUGGCAAAAUCAACAAACCCAUUUGAUCUUAACGGCGACACCACUUCGGUACCACCCCUACCAUUUCCUUCCAUGGAAAAUUUGCAUGGUAAUCUCCCAGUGCAUACUUCUGCAAUGCCUCCACAUUCCCUGUCCUUCGCAUCAGCCAUGCCUUACGGUGGAUACAUGGGACAACAAGCAGACACGAAUUUGCCUCAUUCCAGACCACAUGGGCCUUGCGACUUUGGCAGUGAGGGAGUUCCUUUUGGGUCUUUGAAUAUGGCUCAACAACCAACUGGUGGAUACUUGCUCCCAACCUCCUCAAGUUCUCUUAGUUUAAAGGGAGGAAAUCCAUUUGGAUAGAAAAGGUUCAAGUUUGAAUGUUUUCAGGACAAAAAUCUACCUUCCUUUCUGUUGAAGAUCAAAUGGGAACAAACUGGCUGAAUGACAUCGUCUUCUGCACCUCCGGCCAAGAGGAUGAUCAUAAACAGCUACAAAAGAGCAUAGAACUGACCAUUUUAGACUAAGGUGAAUGCUGCCAUCUCCUACAGGUUGAUGAUAUGGUUUAUAUACUCUAUUGAAGCGAGCUUCUUUCAGGUAUUCGUUAAUUAAGAAAUACAACCAUGGAAAAACAUGAAAUCGUAGUAGUUCCUGCAAUCCACU